AGACAAAACUUCCGCUCCACAGAGACGAUCUGAAUCCAGGAGGAACAGCAGCUAAAUCCGCGCAGAGAUGGGGUUCGUCAAAGUGGUGAAGAGCAAGGCCUACUUCAGGAGAUAUCAAGUCAAAUUCAGGAGGAGGAGAGAGGGGAAAACUGACUACUUUGCCCGAAAGCGCCUUGUCCUGCAGGACAAAAACAAGUAUAACACGCCCAAGUACCGCAUGAUCGUCCGGUUUUCCAACAGGGACAUCUGCUGCCAGAUCGCCUAUGCAAAGAUUGAAGGCGACCACAUUGUGUGCGCAUCGUACUCUCACGAGCUGCCCAAUUAUGGCAUCACAGUCGGCCUUACCAACUACGCUGCGGCCUACUGCACCGGGCUGCUGCUGGCUCGCCGGCUGCUGCAGAAGUUUGGCAUGGACCAGGUGUACGAGGGCCAGGUGGAGGUGACUGGAGACGAGUUCAACGUAGAGAGCAUUGACGGGCAGCCGGGUGCCUUUACCUGUUACCUGGAUGCCGGCCUCGCCAGAACCACGACCGGAAACAAGGUGUUCGGAGCCCUGAAGGGGGCCGUGGACGGAGGGCUGGCUAUUCCCCACAGUUUAAAACGUUUCCCCGGUUACGACUCGGAGAGUAAAGACUUCAACGCAGAGAUGCACCGAAAACACAUCAUGGGCAUGAACGUUGCCGAUUACAUGUCGUACCUGAUGGAGGAAGACGAGGAUGCCUACAAGAAACAGUUCUCUCGCUUCAUCAAGAACGGAGUGACGCCAGACGCAGUCGAAGAAAUGUACAAAAAAGCACACGCCUCCAUUAGAGCAAACCCUACUCAUGAAAAGAAACCCACAAAGGAAAUCAAGAAGAAGAGAUGGAAUCGCGCCAAGUUAUCUUUGGCACAGAGGAAGGACCGCGUCGCCCAGAAGAAAGCCAGUUACUUACGAGCCCAAGCACAAGAGGCAGAGGACGGUUAGGAGCUCUGCUCCGACAACACACGCAUCACACAAAUAAAUUUAUUUUAAACUCAAA